AAUUUGUUAGGGUUCACCUGUUCAUGAUGAGGUCAUGAUCAGGUUUUGAAACGGGCAAUCCUAUUGUUAAAAGCCUGAUGUGGCCGCUAUAAGGUUUUCCACAAUAAUUUCCAAAACAGCCUAAUCUAAAAUGGCCCUGAUCGGGUUCGCCUAGAUAAGGCCUUUUUGACCGUUAUCUCAUUCAGGUCCUGCUCAGGCUCGACUUAAUCACGCCAUAUGUGGAAAUCCUUAUGAGAUUCCAGCUGGAAUCUACCACAAUACUGCCUUGACAGUACUUGUUCUAUUAGGUCCUUCCAAGGCUUGCCUUAUGACUGGCACAAACGCGUAUUCGAAUAUGGUGAAUAAGUUAUAUUCCAUUAGUGUUUUAUACGAGAUCCGAGUGACAAGUUUCCAAGUGAUUUUCAAAGUGAGUUUCCAUAUAUUUGAUGAAGUUUUAUUCUAUUCGUAUUUUAUAAAAGAUCCGAGUGACGAGUUUUCAAGUGAAAUCAAACAAUAAAAAAAUUUUAUCUGAACAUAAGUUGAAAUGAAUCGAGAUGAGCAACGUCGGUAUAAGGCGCGCAUGCGUAUGCGAAGAUAUCGCUCUAUGCGUAAAUUUUCAAAAGAUUUACAUAGCCCGAGUACUAGUUUUGCUUCGGUAACUAGAGAAAGAAAUGAAAACAUCACAGAUGGUGUGACAAAGAUUUUUGAUAAUGAAAACAGUGAGUCUGCGACAAGUUCAAUCAAUGGUGGGGAAUUGAAUUUUAACAAACAUGACAGCGAAGGGCAUACUGAUAAUAAAGAAUCCAGCGGUGAUGAGCUAAACAGAGACAGCGAUGGAAAAUUCACCAAUGAAGAAAGCAGCGAAGCAACAUCUAAUAAUGAAGAGAGCAGCGAAGUAGAAUCCAUGAAUGAAGAAAGCAGCGAAGAAAAUUCUGACGGGGACAGGCAGUGUAAUGAAGAAAACCAAGAGCGGAGAGGGCAUCCUGUUGAAGAAAACACUGAAAUUUUAGAACUGCGAAAGUGGGCUGUGGCUGCUCGUAUUCCACAAACACAGUUGGAUAAAUUGCUUGAAAUUCUUCGAAAAAGAUUGUUACCAGAAUUGCCAAAAUCAUCAAAAACUUUCCUCAAAACAACAUCAGCAAUGUAUGAAAUUGAAAAGUUCAAGGAUGUUGAUGGUGCUGAAAUAGGUGACUUUGUGUAUUUUGGAAUAAAACACCAUCUCCAAAGAAUUGUGAACUCCAAUUUGCACAAAGACAAUAUAUUGUACCUGCAAUUUAACAUCGAUGGAAUUUCCCUGUUUAAAUCAAGCAGUAAGCAACUCUGGCCAAUUUUAUGCAAAGUUUUUUCUGAACCCGACGUAUAUCGAGUUUUCCCAGUGGCUAUAUACGCCGGAAUCGAAAAGCCGCACGUUGCGAACAUGUAUUUUGAAAAAUUUAACAAUGAGAUGUUAGAUCUUUUACGCGAAGGAAUCGUUAUAGAUGGGACGCUACUCGAAAUUCGUAUUAUGUGUUUCAUUUGCGACAAACCCGCUCGCUCUUUCGUCAAAUGCAUAAAAAACCAUGGCGCAUAUUAUGCCUGUGAGCGUUGUACUGUUAAAGGUGAGAGAUAUGAUGAACGUAUAAUCUAUCCAUCCACAAAUUGCCCGGAAAGAACAAAUGAAAGUUUUCGGAGACAAGAACAACCUGAACACCAUAGAGGGGUCUCACCUUUACUAAUCAUCGCUGAACUCGACAUGGUUAUGCAUUUUGUGUUGGAUUUUAUGCAUCUUUGCUGUCUUGGCUUGAUGAAAAAAUUGCUCGAAUAUUGGAUGAAGGGUGAUCGAAAAGUAAAAAUGAGCCACACAGGGAAAUCAAUUUUGACCUACAUUUUACUUGAACUGCAAUCGCAAAUACCUCAAGAAUUUCAACGCACAACCAGAUCAUUGGCCGAGAUUGCAAAGUGGAAAGCAACGGAAUUCCGAUUUUUUUUGUUGUAUCUCGGAUCAGUUGUUUUGAAAAAAGUUCUACAAGAUGACUUGUACAAACAUUUUAUGCUCUUGCAUGCGGCUUGUAGAAUUUUGUGCUCAAAAGACCUGGCGUUGAAAUUCAAUGAACAGGCAAAGACUUAUCUUACACGAUUCGUACAACUCAGCGAAUUUUAUUAUGGAAAACAGAGCCAAGUUUUAAAUAUGCACUCGGUAAUACAUUUGGCCGACGAUGUCAAAAAUCUAAAAUGUCCUUUGAAUAAUAUCACCGCAUUUCCGUUUGAAAGUUCAUUAGGAAAAAUUAAAAAAAUGGUCCGAAAUGGCAAUCGUCCGCUGUCUCAAAUAUGUCGUCGGUAUUAUGAAGAAUUUCUCGUUAAUACAGAUAAAACUGAAAUACCACAAGCUGUGAUAAUAGUCUACAAAAAAGUCAAAAAAGGCAUCGAACCACAAAGAAACAGAAUAAUAAAAAAGCUUCAAUAUAAAGAAUUUACUCUGACUAAUAAUUCACCCGACAACACGGUAAUGCUCCAAAACGGUCAGAUUUUAAUGAUCAACGCAAUAUAUAAAUUGUCUAAUCAACAUCAAGAAGAAAUUAAGAUCGCCGGAAAAAUUUUGAGUCGAGAAAAACCUAUUUUUGAAUAUCCGUGUAACUCACAGACCCUGCAUAUGUGGAAGGUAAAAAAAACCAACAUUAACAAAACUUGUGCUCUUCAAAAUAUUCAGGCCAAAAUGGUGUGCUUGAAAAUCGAUGAUGGUUCAGAAGAAAAAAAAAUCUAUGUAAUGCCAUUACUUCAUACGUAAAAAAA